AUGCCGCCCAAGGUCCGACAGCGAGGCAAAAAGCCAUCAAAGGUCAGAAAGCUCCAGCAAGAGCAGGAAGAGGAACACAAGGAGAGCGUACAGCCCGUGGCCUCCUCCUCAUCAUCCAGCACCAACCACAUCCAGUUGCAAGCCGACUACAUUCCUCUGAGUGGCGAUGACGCGCCAUCAUCAACAGCGCCGCAUCAAGAGAAUGGAGACGAUGGGCAGCCGAACUGGGUCAAGCUAGGAGACAGACCGAGCAAGGCCGAGCACGAGGCACCGUUCGGCUACGUCGAUGCCGAGCUCAAGGCGUAUCUGCGAGCCGGCUGGGAUCGUGUCAUCGAGCUCGAGGCGCAAGGCUAUGCGGCCAAGUCCACCUUGACAGCUCUCACUGCGGCGAGCUCCGCUGUUGCUCAGCCAAGCUCUCGCGCUGCGGACGAGGAAGACGACGAACUAGCGCUGCUCCUGCAAGCCACGCUCAAAGAGAUGGACGGCAAAGAGCUUCUCCUCUCCACCGACCCGGACACCUCGCUCAUCGUCGAAGCCAUUCUCCAUCGUCUCCCUGCCAAGCCGUUGCGCGUCUUCGUCGAUCGUCUUGCAGGCAACUUUGCCGUCCUCGCCAAACACCGCUUUGCGAGCCACGUCGUGCAGGCCUGUCUCGCCACCCUCCAGCCCGCCGUCACGCUCGAACAUGCAGCGCAGGAGCACUUUCAACAACACACUCACCGCGCAAAUGGAAACGGAAAAGCAGCAGCCUCGUCGGCGUACGCGAGCGACACAGCAACUAUCGUCAACGAGGACGGCAUCCUGCGCAGCGCGACGCAGCUCAUCCUGGAUAUCGCCGAGGAGCUCGCUUCGGACCAGCAGCUGCUCACGUCGCUGGUCACGGAUGCAUUUGGAUCGCACGUGCUCCGCUCGCUGCUGUGCGUCUUGACAGGAAGGAGCAUCCAGGCAGAGCCGAGCUCGGGAACAGCAGCAACGGCAGGAGGGUCAGAUCUGAGAUCUCGACGCAGUGCCAAGUUCCGCACUCGCAAGGCGCCCGCGCCUGGAAGCGCUGCAGCAGCAGGCUCAUCGGAUGACCUGCUGGUCGUCAUUCCGGAUCUGCUCUUCAGCCGAGCCACCACGCUCAGGAAGGAGAUUCUCAACGAUGCAGGCGUCGACGUGGUGCGCAGGUGGGCUACCGACGCGGUGGCUUCACCACUGCUGCAGUUGCUCAUCGAGGUGGAAGCCGAUUCGCUCAACUCCGAGGAUGCAUCGCAAUGGAAAGGCUCCCUUGUCGACAGCUUCCUGAACGGCUUCGUAUCCACUCCACCCACUGGCGAAGAAGCGCAAAAGGACGUCUACCUCGAGACCUCUCUUCGCGACAGCGUCGCAUCGCACGCACUGCAACUCGCCCUCGAGCGCGCUCCGUCCUCGACCGCAUCGCGCUUCUUCGACACCUACAUCCGCAGCCGUAUGGCGAAACUAUGCGUCCACCCUGCCGCCAACCACAUCGUCGCCACUCUCCUCCGUCGGCUCGACGGUGCAGAGCUGCAGACGGCGAUCGCAGAGAUGACCAAAGUUGCAUCGGGCAUGGUCAAGGAGCAGAUGGUGGGGUGUUUGCAGGCUGCUGUGGACCGCGUGGUGCAGCUGUGCGCAGCGGAGAGCGAAGCGAAGGACCUCGUCCAGGCGGUCAGCGAUGCGGUGCUUGCCGCGUUCAGGAUCAAGUCCCAGUCGACAGAGGAAGAAGGGUUGAAGCUGCUUGUGCCCGCAGUGUUGGCGCUGAAGACGCGCAAAGCGUACCUGCACACGUUUGGUGCGCAUCUCAAGAAGGAAGAGCGGGAUGCGGAUGGCAAGGGACGUAAGCGUGGUCGUGACGGAAAGGCGAAGGGUGGCAAGAAGAAGUCCAAGUCUGCCGCUGAGGGAUCGGACCAGGAAGAAGAGGCACCGUGGAGCAUGGAUGCGAGCUACGAGCUGCCGACGGGAGAAGCGACGGUGCAAGGCAGUCUGUUGCUUCAGUCGCUGCUGCGUCUUCCUGGACCAGCUGCACCACCGCGCGCACCUGCCAAGCGCACCUUUGGCCGUCCUGUUCCGGCUUCCACCCCCACACCCGCACCAGAGAGUUGGGGCAGCGCUUUGGUCCUGGACAGCCUGCUAGCGCUCCCAACGCUCGUGCCGUUCGCGCGCAACCCCACCGCCGUGCACGUGCUCAUCUCCUCCCUCGUCCCGCCUCCUUCCUCCACCACCUCCUCAGCUGUGGACUACGUCCAGUCCGCACGCCGUAGGAAGCUCUCCUCGUCCCUCACAGCGGCCCUGCCCUCCUACUGCGGCGACAAGUACGGUUCGCGUCUCGCUGACGCCCUCUGGUUCUCCGUCGAUGGGUUCACCAAGGAGAAGAUUGUCAAGACCGUCAUUGAGCAUGAUGCAGAGGUGUUGAAGGGCCCUUAUGCGGGGUACUUCACGAACAAGCUGCAGUUGCAGCUGUAUAGGAAGGGAAAGGUGAGGGAGUGGAACGAGGCGGUCAAGGCGCAGAAGGCGCCCGAGGUGAAGAAGGAGGAGGCAAGUGGAGAGAGAAUGCACAAGGCAGUGGUGGUCGAGACUAAGAGGGCGAAGGUCGGGAAGAAGGAGAGGGGCAGCAAGGUCGAUGGCGAGCUGGAUAGCAUCUUGGGUCAGAUUUGA